AUGGCGGCUGGCAGAUCAACCAUUAUGCGGCCUCCGCCGGAGGACCCUAAUAAGAGCCCGAUCGAGAACGUAUUGGAAGUGACGGAACUGGGAGUACUGGGCCCGGACAUCUUCACCAACACUCGCCAACCAUGGCAUCCCCCGGGCGCCCGUGGCAUCUUCGGCGGCGCUGUGAUCGCGCAGUGUCUCGCUUCCGCACAAAAGACUGUACCAAAUGACUUCUUCGUGCACUCGUGCCACUGCUAUUUCUUACUCGCCGGCUCCUCCGAGAUUCCAAUUUUGUUCCAUGUCGAACGUGUGCGUGAUGGGCGGUCGUUCGCGACGAGAACCGUACAGGCUCGUCAGCGGGGGCGAUGUAUUUUCACGACGACUGUGUCGUUUGUGAAGGAGGGGAGCGGUGGUGAAAAGCAAGUGCGGCACGCCGCGCCGCUGCCGGAGGGCGUGAGGCCCCCGCCGAAUGACUGGAAGGGUGAGCCGGAGUGGUCUACGCAUUCGCCUUUCCAGACGUACCGGAUUUCGCUGGUCGGCGGGAAGGACGCGGAGCCGCAUCAGCUGAAGUCGAGGAACUGGGUUCGGGCCAGGGGGAAGAUCAGCGUGAGCGGAGGCCACCAGGCGCAUUUGAAUGCUUUGGCGUACAUGUCUGACAGCUACUUUAUCGGCACCGUCGGACGGAUUCACAAGUUGUGGAGGUUCCCGUUCAAACCGGAGGAGUUUGACGAGCUGCCGCCGGACCUGAAGGAGCAGGUUGAGCGGCUCAACGAGUUUGAGGGAAACACUGAAGGCGGGGUGGAGUAUUGGAAGACGAGGCCGCAUCUGGGCAUGAUGGUUUCCCUGGAUCACUCGAUUUACUUCCAUGAGCCGAGGAGAGUGAUGGCGGACGAGUGGCUUUUCACGGAGAUGGAGAGCCCGUGGAGCGGAGACGGAAGGGGAGUUGUGCUGCAAAAGAUUUUCGGGGCGGACGGGACGCUUCUGGCUACCUGCGUUCAGGAGGGCGUUGUGAGAUUGAAGCAGGAGGAGGAUGAUGUUGAGAAGGAUGAGCCCAAGGCUAAAUUGUAA